AUGGCAUCUGACCAGAGAAAAGAACCAGGCGUUGUGAUUAAAGAUGGCUGGUCAGGUUACAGUUUGGAGCUGUUUAAUUAUCCUGAGCAUUAUCGGGGUGAUCUGGAGUGUGUGUACAUCCCUCAUGGAGUCAUUAUGAACAAGAUUGAGUGUCUGGCCAGAGACAUCCUUGAAGACAUCGGACAUCAUGAUAUGAUGGUUCUGUGUGUUCUGAAGGGAGGAUAUAAGUUCUGUUCUGACCUGGUGGAGUCGAUUAAAGCUCAGAGCCACAGCGCCAACAGAAGACUGACUACCAGAGUAGAGUUCAUCCGCUUCAAGAGCUAUCUGAAUGUCUUGAUUGUGGAGGCAAUAGUGGACACAAGAAAGACCAUGAGAGCCCUUCUACAGCACGUGGAGACUUUCCAGCCCAAAAUGGUUAAAGUUGCAGGGCUGCUGGUGAAGAGGGUUCCUCACGGGGCGGCAGAGCUCCCAGACUAUGUUGAAUUUGUCAUUCCUAAUCGUUUUGUGGUGGGUUACGCUCUGGACUACAACGAGUACUUCCGAGACCUCAAUCACAUCUGCGUCAUCAGUGAGACGGGGAAACAGACAUAUAAAGUGUGA